CCCGGGGCACACAAGUGGGAAGGGAAUCAUAGAGACGAGCGUCGGGAGAGGAAGGGUAUAGAGCGCCCCGUUUCCGGCGCUUGGCGGAGUUUUGCUACCGGGUGACGGCGGCGGGUGACAGAAAGUGGCGGGCCAUGCCGGAGAUCGAGAUCCGACAUGUGGUCUCCGCGAGCAGCUCCGACACGACACAUUGUGCUGAGAACCUGCUCAAGGCUGACACCUAUCGCAAGUGGAAGGCUGCCCAGGCUGGGGAAAAGCAAGUUUCGGUCAUAUUACAAUUUGAAAAAGAGGAGCAGAUUCACAGCAUUGAUAUUGGCAAUGAAGGCUCUGCCUUUGUGGAAGUGCUGGCUGGCAGCUCUGCCUCUUCCAGUGAGCAGACUUAUGAGGUGCUGUUGGUUACAUCCUCCUUCAUGUCUCCCUCAGAGAGCAAGAGUAGCACCAACUUGAACAGAGUCCGUAUGUUUGGGCCAGAUAAACUGGUGAAGGCGACAGCUGAGAAGAAGUGGGACCGAGUUAAGAUUGUUUGUACCCAGCCAUAUACCAAGUCUCUGGCAUAUGGCCUUUCCUUCGUGAGGUUCCAUUCUCCUCCAGACAGCAGCGAGACACAUUCCAAAGCGGCUUCACCGAAGGUCACCAAAUUGGGGCAGUUUAAGGUGAAGGAGGAUGACAGCAACUCCAGCUCUCUGAAACCUGGUGCUCUCUUUUUCAGCCGUGCCAGUAAACCCCUGGUCUCCCCUCCUAAAGCAUCUCAGAAUGACCAGCCUUCACCCAGUUAUGCUGCCGCCUCACUGCAGACCAGCAAAUCUCUUUCUCCUGACUCUUCACCAUCUGUGGUGGACAAGCCCACCACCAAAACCUCACCCAAGGAACCCACCCCAGUCAAAAGGAAGUUUGAGUUCAGCAAAGAAAAUGCUGGCCUCUCAUCAGCAACCAAGAAAGCUAUCCCUGAUAAGUCCCGCGUUACACACCCACCUUCCAAAAAACACAAAGUUUCUCUCUCCACGUCUCCUCCCCAGAAGACGCUGCCUUUGAAAAAAGCUCUUCCCACACAGUCUUCAGAGGAGACGGCAGCAAACGGGCCUUUCCAGCAACUCCUACAGGGUACUGUCUUCGUGCUGAGCGGUUUCCAGAACCCCUUUCGCUCUGAAUUAAGGGACAAGGCCUUGGAGAUGGGGGCCAAGUACCGUCCAGACUGGUCCCCUGACAGCACUCACCUCAUCUGUGCCUUUGCCAACACCCCCAAAUACAGCCAGGUGAAAGGGCUCGGGGGCACCAUUGUACGGAAAGAGUGGAUCCUGGACUGCCACCGUACCCGUCGGUGCUUACCCUGCAAAAGGUACGUGAUGGGUGGCCCCGACUCGUCCAGCAGCGAACAGGAAGAGGAGAGUGAGGAGGAGACCUCAGCUCCGCCUCGCAGACCUUUGACUCCUCAACAGAAAACCAGUGUGCCCAGCCCCAACCACAAAGUUAAGCCUGCCACCAGCCCCAAAAUAUUGCAGGCGGUGCCACCGAAAGUGCUUCCGGGGGAGGAAGAGGAAGAGCCCACCACCUCUCAGAACAGCAACAUCCACAACAAUUCAAGGGCAUCCAGCGGGGAUGAGAAAUUUGCAGGUCUUCAAGACAACGGAGACGAAGGGUCUGGUGACACCGAUGACGAGUUAAGGAGAGUCGAAGAGGAACACCGCAAAAAGCAGCAAGGUGGACGGAGGAUCAUCCCAGAACCGGACAACGACCCCUACGCUGGUUCCACUGAUGAGAACACAGACGUUGAGGAACAGGUGGAGCCAGAUCAGCCUAUCCCAGAACUUCCAGAUCUGUUUGUGGGCAAAUGCUUCUUCCUUUAUGGUGAAUUCCCUUCUCAGGAACGACGCCUCUUGAAUCGCUACAUCAUAGCUUUUAAUGGGGAAGUGGAGGACUACAUGAACGAGCGUGUAAAUUAUGUGAUCACGGCUCAAGAAUGGGACGACACGUUUGAUGAGGCUCUGAAUGACAACCCCAACCUUUCCUUCGUGCGUCCCCGUUGGAUCUACAACUGCAACGACCGGCAGAAGCUGAUUCCCCACCAGCCGUAUGUCGUGGUGCCGCGAGUGUAGGAGGAUUUACCUGCCGGAGUUUGUAUAUAAUGUAUAUUCGUCUCUUUAGGGGGAAGAUCCUUAGCCUGCUGGCUAGUUGAAACAGGACACUCCCGUUGGGAGAAAUUGCCUCCCUCUGAAGCCCUCCAACCUUGGGGUGGUUUGGAUGGUCUUUGGUUGCGUUUUUUUUUUCUUUCCCCAUCCAGUUCCACCAGAUCAUGUCAGAAAUCAGUCUGCUUUUGGGAAGCAAUGGUUGCUGCAGGCUGCUCUGGAACAGUACUAGGGUCAUCUUCCAGGAUGGAGAAGGCGCUCCCUUAAAAUUAAGAGCCCAGGGUUCAACAAAGGCGAAAGUUAAUGUACAGAACCAAAUUCAUAGACCUCUUUGCGCGCCUCGGUAUUUCUUGCCCUUCUCACAACCCACUUAUAUUGGUACUCCUCUUUCUCUUCUUCAUCUUCCCAGGGCAUUGUGGGGAUGUGUUCUGGCUGAGCAUCUUUUUGCCUCUCCCUAUGGAAAGAUCUUUCUACGUACACCGAAUCCCGACAGCAGCAAACCUUGAUUUUCCUAGCAGGGAGUUUGGGGGUUUCGCAGAAGAAAAAAAGCUGUCCCAUUUCUCACCCAGGGUGGUUCCAGUUUCACGAUAGUAGAGAUGGGGCUCGUCGCCAUCAUUGGUGUAGGUAAACCUCGGUGGGUUGUCCCAUCUGCAGACAAAGCCGAGCUCGUUUUUAAAAUGCCGCGAUCGACAAAUUGCAUUCAUGCCUUCCAUGUGCAUGUUUUUCAGAAGGAAAGAAAAAAACACCCAGGAAAAAACGGCAUCCCAUAAUCCCCACCCAAUCCUGGCUUGUUUUGACAAUUGCAACACUGAUUAGAAGUUAUGUAUGGGCUCCGUUAAAUAAGUGAACACUUUCCCUGACCAAUUAUUCUAAGAGGAGAGUGUUUGGCCUAAAUCAGGGGUCUCCAACCUUGGGAAUUUUAAGCCUGACGGACUUCAACUCCUAGAAUUCUUCAGCCAGCAAAGCUGAAUUCUGGGAGUUGAAGUCCGCCAGGCUUAAAGUUGCCAAGGUUGGAGACCCCCAGCCUAGAUAUACGAUGGUAGCAAAGUUGAGAAUGGAAGUAUUAGAAGAAACCCUGAUUGCUUAAACCGAAUCACAAUUUCUGGGGUAGGCUUUCCUUUUCAAUGAAUUUUUCCAGGUUCCUCUGUAGGAAAAUAAGAAACUGCUUUAGUUAAUUUCAGAAUGGAAUUGUUCAUUUCUGCAGAGCAUCGUCAGUUUCACUAUGAAUUGUUUUGCCCCCCCUGCUUCUUCGGAACGAAAAAUAUUGGACCAUUUUUACAUGUUCUUUUCAGAGUAGCGUUUCUUAACCUUGGCAACUUUAAAACGAGUGAACUUCAGCUCCCAGAAUACCUUAGCCAGCAGAAUUCCCCAGCCAGAAUUCUGGUUUGGGGAACUCUGGGAGUUGAAGUCCAUGCAUUUUAAAGCUCUCGAGGUUAAAGACAAUUUCAGAAUGACAUCCCAUUCCCCAAAGUUCAUGUUCCUUCCCACUUUUCAGUUGCUAUAAACUGGGCUGGGAGGUCUUGAAUAAUCUACCUCAUUUUUACAGCUGAUUUCUUAUUUCCCAGUUUGCGAUCAAACCAGCCAUUCUACUCUUCGUUCUUACUUCCUUGCUUUCACAGGGGAAAAAAAUGUGAAAUCGAUUGUGGGGAGUGUUUUACUUGUGAUGGGCACUGCAGAAUUGGAGGUCCAUCUCUCAUUGAGACAUCCGUCAAUUGCAGUCUAUUCAUUCUUCUCAAGCAGAUUUUUUCUUUUUGUAUAAAGAUUCCAAGAUGGAAACCAGAGAUUUUUCCCUGGGGCCUAAAUUUUGUUUUAUGUGCUGGAACUCUCAACCAUAUAAUUAGGAGCGAGAUACUUGAGGGAGUUCUCCUUCCUACCACUUUUUUUUUUUUCCAAAAAAUAAAAAUAAAAAAUCAAGACACAGAAUAAUUUUGGCUGUACUCUCACAUCCCUUCUCAUCCUUUAUCCUGGCAAUUCAGAACUUGUCCAGAUAAGGAGCGUCUAAAAAUAUGUUCCAUUCUGGAUGGCAUUUGCUCAGUUCUUUUCAACUUGUGUGGAUUUUCCUUGGUAACAGAUGAUGUCUUCCCCCAACAAAGGACACUGCAGUUUAUGGACUUCAGUUCCCAGAAUUCCCUAACCAUUCUAAUAGUUAACAGAGAAUUCUGGGAAUGAAAAUGUACAUGUCUUGAAGGAGCCAGGAUUGGAGAAGGUUGUUUUAGACUCAUAUUCCUGGUCUUGGAGGAUGGAAUAUUUGCAAGGGAGACUUGUGUCAAGAAAUUAGCUUUUCAGAGCACAUUAAAAAGAGCACAAAAGGAAUUUGCAUGUGUCUCUUUUAAGGAUGCUAAAUUGUAAGGAGAAAGGAGUUAGCCUUGGCAGCUAAACUAGCUGAAAUGUUUUACUAUUGUACAGUCCAUGUUUCACAAAGACCGAAGGGCUUGCUUUGUUUUCUAUAAAUUUACACCUUGGUUUAGCAGUUGUUCCGAGGUUCCAGCGACAAAACUUCACGGGGUGUAUUCUUGUUCUCUUUUCCUAUAUCAUGUUAUGUUUUAAUAAAACAAGAUGCAAGUC